AUAUAUACAUACAUACAUACAUGGAUACAUACAUACCCUAUAAUCCUCCUCUCUCCUCUAUAUAUUCGCUUCUCUACCUCCAUUUCAUAUCUCCAAACAACACUUUACUGACCCUCUCAAUCUCCCAACUAAAAGCAAACAAUUUGCUAAACCUAAUAAAAAUCAAACCAUGGCAAAAGGAAGGAGCUAAACCUGAAGCCGAGAAGAAGCCCGCCGCCGACGCUGGCGCUAAGAAAGAUGACGGCGUGAUCACCGCCGUUUAUAAGAUUGAUAUGCAUUGUGAAGGCUGUGCCAAGAAGAUCAAACGCUCGAUUAAGCAUUCUGAAGGCGUGGAAGAUGUACAGACAGAUUCUAGAGCCAACAAACUGACUGUGAUUGGCAAAAUUGAUCCCGCCAAAAUCAGAGAGAGAUUGGCUGAGAAAACCAAGAAGAAAGUUGACCUCAUUUCCCCACAACCUAAAAAGGAUGCCGCCCCGGCCGGCGGUGAUAAAAAGCCCGAAGCUGAGAAGAAACCUGAAGAGAAAAAAGAAGAAAAAAAGGCACCUAAAGAGAGUACGGUGGUCUUGAAGAUGAGAACACAUUGUGAUGGUUGCAUUCAUAAAAUCCGCAAAAUCAUUUUGAAGCUUGAUGGAGUUCAAUCGGUCGACGUGGAUGGAGUUAAAGAUUUGGUAACCGUGAAAGGCACAAUGGCCGCGAAAGAUCUCGUUCCUUACCUUAAGCAAAAGUUGAGACGGAAUGUAGACGUGGUUCCUCCUACGAAAGACGUUGCCGGUGAGAAGAAAGACGUUGGUGUUGAAAAUAAAGAGAAAGUAAAAGAAGCUGUUGAAGGCGGCGGAGAAAAGAAGGAAGACGUCGGAGAGAAAAAGGAAGCCGGCGGCGGUGGUGAAGCGAAGAUGGAGGUGAGCAAGAUGGAGUAUCAUGGAUACGAGUAUCAACCACAGCCAAUGUACUGGUCGAAUGGACACGUGUACGGAGAUCCGGGUUAUGCAGUUGAAGGGUAUCAGGAUCAUCAUCAUGAUUACAGAUACGUGAAUCCAGGGUAUAUGCUUCCUCAUCCUGGGUAUCUGAGUCAAGGGUAUGCGAUUGAUCCACGUCAUCCCCUACAUGCACCUCAAGUGUUCAGCGACGAAAAUCCGAACGCCUGCUCUGUCAUGUAAGAAAGAUUAACGGUGAAUGAUUAAGAUCUAAUGAUAAUUAGAUUCCAAA